CGGCUCCUUCGUUGCUGUUCGACUUCGCUACUUCGUUGCUGUUCGACUUCGCUCCUUCGACGACGUUCCCUUCCUGUCGGAUCGGACGUUACAACAUUUUGAUCUGAAGCAACGACGGGAGCUCGGUCGCUCGUUGUGAAGCUAUUUGGUGCAGAUGGCGAUCAAGUUUGUUAUAGUUGUUUAAUGGAGUAGUAUGGUUUGUGGGCCUAUUGGUCAACCUUCUUCCUUGUAUAGGAAAAUCACCAGCAGUUUAAUAUGAGCUAAGAUGUCGACAAAUGCUGUGAGAGGUCUCAAUGUUCUUCCAAUUUCAGAGUUGGAGAAGAAUGAAAAUUCUAGCAAGGGAAAUUUUCCCAAGUCUUUUCUUGAGAAUUCUAUUGUGAACCCUGACAAUUAUCAGAAUGUGAAUUCUGCUUCCAUGCUCUCAGCUGCACAAAAUGGAUCUGGAGCUGAGAUUAAUGGAGAUGUGGUCGGAAAUGCAGAAGUUGAGUACAUAGAAACUGAGAAACUUACGGAUCUUCUAUCGGUGGAUGCAACUCUUAAUACUCUGUUGGCAAGGUUGGACUCAAAGGAUUGGGUUUCAGUAUGUGAAGCACUCAAUAAUGUGCGCCAGCUUUCAGUAUAUCACAAAGAGAAGCUGAUUGAUUUUUUAGGAGAUUUGAUUCCAAAGAUUGUGAAAUCCUUGAAAAAUCCAAGAAGUGCUGUUUGUAAGACUGCAAUCAUGACUUGUGGCGAUAUCUUCAAGGUUUAUAAUGAUUUGAUAAUUGAUUUUCUUGAUCCUUUGCUUGUACAGUUGCUCCUCAAAUCUUCACAAGACAAGCGAUUUGUUUGUGAAGCUUCAGAAACAGCUUUAAUUGCUAUGACCACUUGGAUCUCUCCUUCUUUGUUGUUACCUAGGUUGCAACCUUAUCUUAAAAACAAGAAUCCACGUAUACGUGCAAAAGCAUCUAUGUGUUUUAGCCGCAGUGUUCCAAGACUAGGUGUUGAAGGGAUCAAAGCGUAUGGCAUUAACAAGCUUAUCGAGAUUGCAGCAUCUCAGCUCAUCGAUAAGCUUCCGGAGUCUCGAGAAGCUGCUCGAGCCCUUGCUGUGGAACUGCAAGCUUUUUACGAGACAUCUAAACUUUCGUCGAGUGAAGACUCCUCACAGGAGCUGGACUGUCUUUCCUGGGAAGCCUUCUGCCAGGCUGAGCUUUCUGCUUUAAGCGCUCAGGCCAUUCUUCGAGUGACCUCUAUCGCAAAGGAGGGAUCAGUGGCGGGUUGCUAACGCAAAGAAUCUCGGUACCUUAUCUACCUACACCUUUUGUACAUUUUGAAGCAGAGAACUUUGAGAGAAACUGAAGAGAAUAUUGCUUAGCUAAUUUGGCAGUUAAGGUUUCGGGUAUUUUGAUUUGUAUUAGCUUGUUGAGAUUACACCAUCUGUUUCAGUGUGCAUUUGUAUUAGCGAGUAAAGCUUUAGGCAAUAUCAUCAAUUCUGAGCUCUUGCUUUUUUUUU